CAGAUGGUGAUUUCGUGCCUUUUGAUUGGCCACUUCUUUGACACGCCUUAAAACAUGGGUAUUUAAAUAUAUUCACGUGAAAUUAAAUUAAAAUAUUUCAUUCUGCUUUUGGCAUUAUAACUUUCAGAGAAGAUAAAAGAAGAAACUGAAAAUACAAAGAUGGGAUAUAUCCGUCUAAAACAUAUUGGAAAUGAAAUAGAGGUUGGUCAGAAGAUAACUUUCAGAGUGAAAUAUAACAAGAAAGGAAAUGAAAAACCGGGCGGAAUGGCCGUAAAUUUCAGACAAGAGAUGGGCGAAGGGAAGGAUAUCAUUCUGCAUUUUAAUCCAAGGUUUCCAUCAUAUCAGAUAGUUUUGAACUCUUUCGUAGAUGGUUCAUGGCAAAAGGAAUUUUUCAUUGGUGCGAAUCCAGCAGUAUUUUCCGACGAGUUUACACUAUCCUUGGACAUCAAAGAUACUAGAACUGUCUUGGUUAGAGUCCAAGGCGGAAUAUUGACGACUUAUACCUGCCCCCUAGACAUAACCAAUACUGAAUUCAUAGAGUUUUCUCCUGAAUACAGUAUCAGCGAAGAAUACAAUUAACAAUUGACAUACUGGUAGUUAUUAAGAAAGUUCGAGAUAAAAACUUAAAUCAUUCAGUUUUAACGAAACUUUAUGAAACUGUAACCCCAGAUUCUGAAGAAGAAAAAAUCCGAAUAAAAGUUGUAUCAUAUCUUUUGAAGAAUACUUAUUUUGUUAAAACAUGAACAAUAUUUGUGCAGAAUGACAAGACCUUGAACAUGAUAUUAAAAAAAACAGCGCUGACCUAUCAUUUAAGGGACUGAAAGGGGCCAAAAAAAUUAAAUCAAUAACUCUUUACAAGCAAUAUUUUUGUAUAAAAUUUUACUGGCGCAAAAAUCUUUAUUUUAAUAAUUUACAGCUAUAUCAUCUGAUUUUUACGUCAUGUUAAAUAAAUAGGGACCAAAAGGGCCAGAAAACUAAAUCUUCGACGCUUUAUAUUUGAAAAAGGAAAAUAUAUCGAUAAGUAAUAUUGAACAAAGAAGAUGUGUUUGUAAAACACAAUGCGCCCGGCGGCAAAAAAAGUUAAAAAAAUAUUUUUAGAAUUUAGGUCAAGUCAAGGUCACAAGGUUAUUGAUGUUGGUGUCAUUUGAAAGAACUUUUUUACUAAGUCCGCAUACCAAAUAUGAAGUCUCUAUCUCUCAUGGUUCAAAAGUUACGGUUAAGAUUUU